GGUCUGGGGUGAGGCGUAUUUGUGGGGUCACUGUGACCCCUGAGAAUUGGGAUAAGGAAGGAAUCACUGUGCUGAGCCUGUGAGGCUUUAUGAGGUGCUGUAGUGGGAUCCUCCCAGCUGUGAUAUACUGAGGAGCCAUAGGGACAUCUGAUCACCAUGUCCUCUGUCAAGGAGCAAGAAGCCAUCAGCCGGCUCAUGGCUUUCUUUAAAGACUGGGACAAUGGGAACAGGGUCACUCGUAGCCGGAUACUGAACAAUUUUAUCGCUUUCAACCAAGGAAAGAUGGCUCCGGAGCUGGAGCAGGAAUUCUCGCAGGGCGGCAGCUUGUUCUUGGCUCGGCUGACGACUUGGCUGAGGCUCUCAUAUAUGUUUGGUACAUGUGUAAAGGAGAUUCUUCAGGCAAUAUCAAUAUUUCUUGCAGCUGCUGGCAGCAGCCGCUAUAAGGUGGAGUUUGUGGAGGUCGGGGGAAUACUAACACUGUUGGAAAUUUUGGGUUUGAAACACUUGAAUGAACAACAGAAGAUGGAAGCGCUGAAGAUCCUUCAAAUUUUGUCUAGAGCUGGCCGGAAAUAUAAAGAACUGGUCUGCGAGAGCUACGGAGUGCGAGCAGUAGCUGAGUGUCUUGCAGAAUCCAAGUUGGAAGAGACUCAAGAACAGGCCCAAGUGCUACUGGAACUUUUGGCUCACGGGAAUCCCAAAUAUCAAAUCCAGGUGUAUAAGGGUCUGAUCGCCCUCCUGGCCUGCACGUCGCCCAAGGCUCAGCACCUGGCUCUACAAACGCUCCGUAUCGUGCAGGGGAUUGUGCAGACGGCUCACCCGGCCAUAGCGGAGCCCCUUCUGGGGGUGCUGCAGUCUAUGCACCUAGAGGUGCAGUAUGAAGCUCUGCAGCUGAUAAAAGAGUUGAUGAGCACGGAGGUGCGUCCGGCCUUGUUACAGGGACUCGUAGCUCUGCUGAGGCCGUCGCGGAAAGAACAUUUUAAGACAAAACCUCAGAUCCUAGAUGAUCCUGAUGUGCCUCAGAUGACGGGCUCACUGCCGACUUUUAUUCAACAAGCGGCCUGUGCUAAAGCCAUAGGGACGCUGGCUCGUGAAUCCACAGAGUUGUGUGAGGAGCUGAUACAGCUGAGAGUGAUACAUCAUCUGCUCUUUGUCAUGGGGAAUAAGGAACACACAGAGAGCCAAAGACAGGCCAGCCUUGCCGUGGAGUAUUUUGUGUCCUUGUUCCCUGUGGUUGAGGAGCAAGUGAGGACGACCAUUGGGGACAAACUCUUCCAGAUGCUGAUGGAGAAUGCAGAAAUACUGUAUAUGAAGUUGGACAGUGUACAAGUUGAAAUUCUAAUCUCCAACCAAGUGAACAUCCCUGGCAUAACAGAGGUGACAGAGUGAUCUCAGGAUGGACCGCACUCAUAUGGAGGAGGGAGCGAGAGAAGAAUCCACCAAUCACCCAGUGCAGCCCCAGCUCGCCCCAGGAGUAUAUUAUAUAUUGAAUAUGGAAAUAGAAUGUUUUUGUUUAAUAAUGACAUGUAAUGUAAUAUCAUGCAGUAAAUAAUAUAUUUAUCCCAUUA